AUGUCGGGAACUUGGGAUUGGGAACGAUGCACGAGCAACUGCCUCUCAUACACAGUCGCAAGCCCGGGUUUCUACGAUGAGCUGAGCUGUAUCGCCAGCGGCUUCUACUGCAUGUGCAGAGAAGUGCUGUGGAAUGAACGACUAGUCAAUGGCGAUGUUACAUCACUUGCGUGUAUCUCAGAGAAUGGCGCGGAGCCCGCGAAGAUAGGUUUCACCAUGAAUUCUCGGUACGUCCACGUCCAUGUCUCCACUGUCUACGAGCCCAAUGGAAGCAUCCACAUCCGCGUUUGUUCCCACAACUUCCUCGAUGCUUACGAUUACACGACCCUCGACUAG